AUGGAAGAACGGUGAUAUAACGAAUGGACAAGUUGUUGCUGGUGGUAAAGGCCAAGGAAAUGGAUUACAUCAAUUGAAUAAUCCAACUGAUGUAUUAAUUGACAAAGAGACGGAUAGUCUCAUUAUUUGUGAUGCAGGGAAUCGACGAGUUGUACGAUGGUCUCGUCGUAGUGGUACAACACAAGGUGAAAUACUCAUCGACAACAUCUAUUGUUAUGGAUUAGCAAUGGAUGAACAGAGAUAUCUCUACGUCUCUGGCUGUGGAGAACAUGAAGUAAGACGAUAUCAAUUGGGUGAGAAGAAUGGCACUCUCGUAGCUGGUGGUAAUGGUAAAGGUAAUGGACUCAAUCAACUCAACGAUCCGAGAUAUCUCUUUGUCGAUCGACAACAGAAUGUCUACGUAUCAGACUGGAACAAUGAUCGUGUAAUGAAAUGGAAUAAAGGUGCAAAAGAAGGUAUUGUAGUCGCUGGAGGACAAGGCUACGGGAGCGCUCUGACACAAUUGUCUUCUCCUAAUGGAAUCUUCGUUGAUACGUUUGGUACACUCUAUGUAGCAGACACGUCGAAUCAUCGUGUAAUGCGUUGGACUCAAGGAGACAAGAAACAAGGCACUGUAAUUGUGGGUGGAAAUGGCAGAGGAGAAGAAGCAGAUCAAUUCUGGCACCCCUUUGGUUUGUCUUUCGAUCGACAUGGCAAUCUCUAUGUCGUCGAUGAGCGUAAUAAUCGUGUUCAACAAUUUUCUAUCGAAUAA